CGUGGCCAAGGUGCGAUGCUCGGUCUGUUCGCCCUCACGCCAUCCCUCCCGGUCCCGGUGCCGACCUCAGAGACGGCCCAGCCGCUCCUCUCGUCCGACCUCCCGGCGCUACACAGCCGCAACAUCCAAGCAGGCCAGUUCGCGCCAGGCGAGCCCGUGCCGGUGUACGAUUUCGCGCCAGGCGAGCCCGUGCCGGUGUAUCGGUACUCGCAAGGGCAAGGCGAGCCCGUGCCGAUGUACCAGUUCGCGCAAGGGCAAGGCGAGCCCGUGCCGGUGUAUCAAUACUCGUCCGGCAUGGCGGCCCAGCCGUACGCGAACCAGCACUGGGCAGAGGUUCUGCCCGGCACGGUUGCGCCGCAAGGAGCGCCGGCGGGCUACUUUUACGACGGCGCCCCAUCGGCCGAGCCCCUCCGAUACGAUUCGGGCUAUGGCAUGCCAUACUCACAGCCAGCACUGGACGAGCAGUGCGAGUCGGAUUGCGCGGAUGCACUCUCCAAGGCGACCGGCGCCUGCCUGCUUGUGCCGACUCCUCUCAUCGCGAUCGUCGCCCCGAUCUGCUACCUAGCCGUCGCCGAGGCCCAGGCGCACUGCGACCGGUGUCCCGAGAUCAUGUGCUACUCGAUGGCCCCGGGCAGGACCGUCUACAAAAACUGGUGGGGUCUGUUCGGCUCGCCCGACGAGGAGCCCUUCUUCCCCUUUGCGAACCCGGGCCUCGACUACGAGUGCAAGAACGACUGGGCCGACAUGCUCCCAGAUUGGGGCGGGCGCGAGGCCCUCGAAGGCAUCUGCGACAUGUGCGAGCCCGUCUUUGAUAAGUACGGCUCCGGCCGCGGCCGCAGCCUACUUCUCGACAACCUCCACAUGGGGCUCAUCUCCACCUCGGUGGACACCGCCGUCGACACCAAGGUGGACGUCGGCAAGGAUACGGCGGCAAAGGCUCUGGACGAGAUGUCGCCCGAGACGAUUCGGGCGCUGGGAGGGAGGAAGGGCCUCACCUCUCUCGACGAAGCAAAGGUGGGGCUCGUCGCCGAACAAGCCAAGCUGCACGCGCAGGACAAGCUCAGACAGGGGGCCGUGCAAGCGGCCGCGUCCGCGACCGGCCUCGACGCGGACACCGUUGGCUGGCUCGGCUCAUCGGUUGGCGCGCUGGACUACGCGUGCGACUGCGGAUGGACGGAGGAUUACGCGUGCCCGAGCGCAGAGCAGCCCGGCCGCAAGGGCUGGGCGCAGGACGCGUCGACGCAAUGCUACAAGUACUGCUGCGAGGGCGCGGGGUCGCAGCUGAAAUCGCUCGAAGAGAUACGCGCCGAGGUGGGGCUUGACGACGAGACGGUGGCGAAGGGCCUUGGCUCGGUCGCCGACGCUGUCUCGGGCGACGACGAUCAGGGUUACGGCAGCGAGCACUGGCAGCAGGGGAGUGGCUACGCAAUGCAGCAGCCGUUCCAGCCGCAGCAGCAGCAGCAAUGGCAGCAGUGGCAGCAGCAGCAGUGGCAGCAGCAGCAGCAGCAAUGGCAGCAGCAAGCGCCGCCGCCGGCACAGUACCUGAAUGAACGGCCGCAGCAACAGUACCAGCAGCCCCUCCCCGCUCAACAGUACGGCCCAGCCGCCGACACGUACGCGCAGACACAGUAGGGGUACACGCCGCCCUCCGCGCACCGCCGCAAGUUCUGGCAGCUUGGCGACGCGGGCCAAGGAUGCGACGCGGUGUGCGCCGCGAGUGGCUCGGCCGAGUGCGACGUGGCGACGCUCCGCGGAGACGAGGCGGAUGAGGAGUACGAGGUGGAGGGCAUCGCGAAGAACCUCCUUGGCCAGCGGUGCGCCAGCAGCUCGGGCUCAUCGCCCUCCUUUGCGCCUGCCAUCGACGCCGCUGGAGGGUGCCUCUAUGCCAACCACGGCGGCCGCUCCUGCACCGUCACGUCUGCUAGCCACCGUCGCUUCUGUCCCUGCGUUGUCUACUAGAAUGGAGCUCCCGAUCGCCCGGUGUUUAAUUCUGUGUACACAUUGUUGUAACCUGGUCUGUGCAAGCUCCCGCACAUCAGCUAG